UUUACGGCAGCUUGGUUUGUUUCCACAAACAGCAGAGAUGUCAGCUGGUUGAGAGGUUGAUAAGUACACACUGAAAAUAAAAUAAGAUAAAUAAACACCGGCAAAACGAACUCCAGCACGCAAACAUGAAUAAGCGACGCAGAUGUAGCUCCGAUGUGACAAAGUAAAUCUGGACGAGGCAGCGCGAGCUGGUUUUUCAAGUUUAGCUUGAUGAGCUAAUACUACUAUGCCUGUCACAGCUGUUAGCCACUCCCAGUUUGUACUGCUAUCGGGAAGUUGCUGAUGACACUUAUAGUGAUCACCCGACACUGAGGACUACAGCAGCAGUUCAUGUGCAGUCCAUCAAAGGACAUCUUGAGCAGAAGACAGAAUAUGUGGCUUCAGCAGAGAUUAAAGGGCUUUCCUGGAUUACUUUCCAGCAGCUGGGCCCGGCGUGUAUUGGUUGGACUGCUUCUCUUCCUCAUUUUCUACUGGUAUUCGAGCUCAGAUGGGCUCCUGAAGUUUCUAAGCAUCUCCAGGGAUUCUGGCGGUGCUGCGGGUGUGUGUUUGCAGACUGAUAUUCACAGGUGGUUGUCUCUGGUUGACAGAGGGGAGGGAGUAGUUUCUACCCCACAGACAAAACAAUCAGUACCAUUUGUGGUCGGUAAUGGACAUUUUCUGGUUGACGUGGACUCUAAUAAAAUCUGGGUAGCUUCAUCUUCACAGCCUGGAUCUGCACCGGUUCACCAAACAGAUUAUUCCCCAAUAGCACAGUUGCAGAUUCCAGGAAUGCGCUUGGAGGCGCGGGCUAUGAUGCUGUGGUACAGAAAAGGCUCUGUGCUGUCAUCCCGCUGUGUCCUGACAGGUAAUUUUCAGUCACCUCACGAUUGUAUCAUUGUACGAGAGGAAUUCAUCGCUCUCCGCAGUCGACCCAAUGUCUAUCUUCAGAGGAUUCACAUUUCAAACCCUACAGACCGAGUCGUUUCAGUUGACUUGUCUAUAGAGUCUCCUUUAGAGUUUAGGAGCACCGUGGAAAAGAUGGAAGACAAAGAAUUUAUGCUUGCCUCAGGUAAGGUGCUCACGGAGAAGAAGGACAUUGUGUUUUUGGUGGUGGCCACUAAGAAUCUAAGCACCAAGAUCCAGGUUCCUGCCAAGUCGGACUACUCCGAAAAUGUGGUGAGUGUGAUUUACACAUCAGAACCUACUGAAGGAGCGAAACUGGACGAGACCCUCGGCAAGCUUAGAGAUGGAGUCAAGAGGGAGAUGGUGGAUGUCCUCCGAGCAAAUGUGGAGGAGUUAGUGCAAGAGCACCAGCAAGCAUGGGUGGAUCUCUUCAUAUCUGGUGUGGAGAUCAGAAAGAUUACAGAUGCCCAUACUCCAUCCAGUCGCACAGUCAACAACACCCUUUACUACAUUCUCUCCACCUCCACAGCACCCCUGUUAGAUCAAAGUCUGACUGCAGAGGAGCAUGAACGGCUGGAGUCCAGCCUGAAUUACGCCGACCACUGCUUCAGCGGCCACGCCACCAUGCACGCUGAGAACCUGUGGCCAGAGCGGCUGACCAAUGUAGCUCAGAUCCUGCAGCUUGUCAACCUCUGGAACUUGACAUUCCAGAAAAGGGGCUGCAAGGUCCUUGUGGCGGCAGGAGCUCAUGGUAUGAUGCAAGGCAUGGUCCUUAGUUUUGGCGGUCUGCAGUUCACUGAAAACCACCUCCAGUUCCAGGCUGACCCAGAUGUUCUUCACAACAGUUACUCUUUGAGGGGCAUUCAUUACAAUAAAGACCUCAUUAACUUGGCCGUAUUGCAGGACGUUGAAGGCAAACCCUUCCUGCAUGUGUCUGUCAAGCCUCAAGAGAAACCGGUGAAGCUGUAUGCCUGCGAAGCCGGCUGCAUGAAUGAGCCCGUGGAGCUGACCUCAGAGCUGCGAGGUCACACAUUUCCAGUGAUGGUGACCCAGCCCAUCACUCCCCUGCUGUACAUCUCCACUGAUCUUACUCACCUCCAGGACCUGAGGCACACCAUACAUGUCAAGGCCAUCUUAGCUCACGAAGACCACAUGGCCAAACAGUAUCCAGGGCUGCCCUUUCUCUUUUGGUUCAGUGUGGCGUCCCUCAUCACGCUCUUCCACCUCUUUCUCUUCAAACUCAUCUACAAUGAGUAUUGCGGGCCUGGAGCCAAGCCACUCUUCAGGAGUAAGGAUGAUGCCGCUGCAUGAAGCCUAAUCCAGUGUGUGGAGAAUCAUUAAAUAUAGCUCUAUCUCUGGAUGUCCUCUCAGGAUUGAUUUUAACUGGGUUGCUGGGGAAAUAGUAAUUUGUGUGUAAUUAAUUAAUUAUCACUUGCUUUUUUGUUUUGUUUUGCUAAAAUACAAAGGAUCUUUUAUAGGUGCUUAGCCCCUGUGCAGGUACCAAUUUAUUCAGUUUUAAAAUAUUGAUAAAAUGUAAAUCAUGAAGGAUCUAAACCAGCCUUAUUCUUAGUUUAUAAACAAUAAUUUACAGAAUGUCAAUGCAACUACAAAGGAAAAAAUCCCUGUGCAGCUCAUAUCCUAAUCAUCUUUAAACAUGUCCGUUGAUUUUAGAUUUGAAGUUUAAAAAUUCUUAGUACUAUAGUACAAUAGUGAAAUGAAUGUACUGAAUGUACAUUGCAAUGAAUAUUGUUUGCAAUGUAUGAUGAAACUGGAAUGCACCUUUGAAUCCUUUGAAAUGUUACCUUUCAACAUCUCUGAUUUAAUACAAAUAUUUUUAUUUCCAGCCCGUCAACCUUUACUGUAAAUUGACAACCUAUAAUCACAUGGUAUAUGGAGUCUUGUGAAGACAGCAUUCCCUUCUGUUUUAAAUACAGCAUUACUGCAACUGUAAUUAUACACUUUGAUUUACACUUUGACAAAUUUACAACUAGCCAAAGAUAUUCUUUUGUCUCUGUUUAUUGAUGUGUUCAUUUAAUCCAAGUAAGCUGUAAGGAUUUUUUUUUUUUUUUUUUUUUUUUUUUAAGUGUGUGAUUAGAUUUAAAAGAAAGGAUAAAGAAAACAUGGUGGUAAGCCCCUUUCCACCUACAGUCCUGGUGUUUUUCCCUUAGUAACGUUCUAGAUGAGAACUCUUACGAGGAAUGGCACACCCGAGGAGACUUUAACCCCUCUUGCAUUCACACUCACAAUAGUAACCCCUAUAGUGACGUCAUCUGGUGUUGACCGUUUUUCUUCUGACAUUGUUUGCCCGCACGAUUCCAGCUAACAACAAAAUUAACAACACCAACGGAAGACGCCAGGAUUGGAGCUUAUAGCCUAGUAUAUGAUCAAUUAAUUAUAAUUAUUAAGCUUACAGUAUAUAGCAUAGUUAUAGUAAAAAGGACUUAAAUAUUGAUGUUUCUCACAGACACUUAUAUCACUUCUGAAGACAUGGACAUGGAGUCGUGUGGUUUGCUGUUGUGCUGCCUUUUUGUGCUUUUUGGACCUUCAAAGUUCUGACCACCAUUCACUUGAGUUUUAUGGACCUACAGAGCUGAGAUAUUCUUCUAAAAUCUUUGUUUGUGUUCAGCAGAAGAAAGUUACACAUCUGGGAUGGCAUGAGAGUAAAUACUGAGAGAAUUUCGUUUUUGGGGUGAACUAUACCGCAAUAACUGCACAGAGAACUAAAUGCCAUCCCAAAUUAAGAAUUGUAUCGAUGCUCAAUAGGGUUGCCGGAUACUGUAUCAAAUUUCACGAUAUAUCGUAAAUGAACUUUGCUGUAUGUUUUUAAUGCAUCUAUCCAUACAGUUUAUAAAGAUGCAGAGAGCAGAAAACACUAGGCAGACUUCGACUAACUGUGUUCUUAGAUGUGUGUGAAAGAGUUGAGCAAGCAGUUCGUCAAAAUGAGUCGGUCUACGUCAGCGCAAGAACGUUUGCACAUUAUAUAUAUAUAUAUAUAUAUAUAUAUAUAUAUAUAUAUAUAUAUAUAUAUAUAUAUAUAUAUAUAUAUAUUUGCAUACAACUUAUAAUAUACAUUUAGCCAAUACAUGUUUUAUUUAGCAAUUUGGAGAACUUCUCGUUAGAUAUAAAAAGCAUGUUUUUUUUUUUUUUUUUUUUCAAUAAAAUAUAGUCUACAAUAAAAUCGGUUUUCGUGAUCUAAAUAGUAAUUAGUUGUAGGUCUAAACCUAAAGCCUACAUGGUUCAGAAGGCAUUUUAUUUAUUUAUUUUGUAUUAAAAUGUAACUGCAUAUAAAUAAACAAUAUGUGAUAAUGUGAGAGUAAGGGGAGUUGGAAAGCAAUGCUUCAUUUCCCCCAUAAUUUGUUUAUCUGAUGUCAGUUUGCACAUGUAAUUGUCUGUAAGCUACAGUUUGUUUAAUGCUGGAUAAUACAUUUUAUAGAAUGUCAUUUCAUGUCCCUUGGAUAUAAUUAUUUUCUCGAUGUAGAUCUACUUGAAAUUGAAUUUAGUUUUGACAUUAAUUUGAAGUUUAUCGUAUAUCACAUUUUUCCACCAUGCAGUUGUAAACCGGUUUAUUCUUAAAAAAUAAAUAAAUAAAUAAAUAAAACAGGCAAAUAUUUAAUGUGGUAUGGCAGAGAAAUUAGACAUGUUAUAUGAGGAAAUAAUGUUAUUUUGCCUAUCCAUCUUUUUCCUAACUUCUCUUUGAUGCUCCGCACUGCUUUGUUGUUGUUAU